AUGGCUACGAACACUAAGGCUGUGGACGCUAAGAAAGCGGACCUGCAGAAAGAUACUGUCGAUGUCCACGCCAAACAGCAUAUGACAACCGACUAUGGAGUCAAGAUCUCCAACCCUGAUAACUGGCUCCGUGCUGCGGAUGAUAAGCAGACCGGGCCAUCGCUCCUGGAGGAUCAGAUUGCCCGUGAGAAGAUCAUGCGAUUCGACCACGAACGCAUUCCCGAGCGAGUCGUGCAUGCCCGCGGGACAGGUGCAUUCGGCACAUUCAAGCUAUUCGAGAGCGCCGAAGAUGUAACGACGGCCGGAGUUUUAACCGAUACCACUCGGGAGACGCCGGUGUUCCUGCGGUUCUCGACUGUGCAGGGAAGCCGGGGCAGCGCCGAUACGGUGCGUGACGUGCGCGGGUUCGCCAUCAAGAUGUACACCGAAGAGGGCAAUUGGGAUAUUGUCGGGAAUAACAUCCCCGUCUUUUUCAUUCAGGAUUCGAUCAAGUUCCCUGAUGUGAUUCACUCCGUCAAGCCUGAGCCGCAUAAUGAGGUGCCACAAGGUCAAAGUGCGCACAAUAACUUCUGGGAUUUCCAGUAUAUGCAUUCUGAGGUUACGCAUAUGAAUCAAUGGAUUAUGUCUGACCGUGCUAUUCCGCGGUCAUACCGGAUGAUGCAAGGAUUUGGCGUGAAUACCUAUUCACUCAUCAACAAAGAGGGCAAGCGCCAUUUCGUCAAGUUCCACUUCACCCCAGAGCUGGGCGUGCACUCGCUCGUCUGGGACGAGGCACUGAAGAUCGGCGGACAGGAUCCCGAUUUUCACCGCAAGGAUCUGAUGGACGCCAUCGAUGCCGGACACUUCCCGCGCUGGAAGUUCGGCAUCCAGCUCCUCCCCGAAGAGAAGGCCGACGACUUUGAGUUCGACAUCCUUGACGCUACCAAGGUCUGGCCCGAGGAUCUUGUGCCCAUUCGCUACAUCGGCCAGCUCGAGCUCAACCGCAACGUCGACGAGUUCUUCCCCCAGACCGAGCAGGUCGCUUUCUGCACCAGUCACAUCGUGCCUGGCAUCGACUUCUCCGAUGACCCCCUGCUCCAGGGCCGCAACUUCUCCUACUUCGACACGCAGAUCUCGCGACUCGGCCCGAACUGGGAGGAAUUGCCUAUUAACCGGCCCGUGUGUCCCUAUAUGAGCUUGGUCAACCGUGACGGCCAAGGCAAGCACCGUAUUACCAAGGGCAAGGUCAACUACUGGCCGAAUCGCUUCGAAGCCAAUCCCCCGGCCACUGCGGAGCAAGGUGGUUUCACCACCUACCCAGCGAAGAUGCAGGGCGUCAAGAAGCGCGGAUUGUCCGAGAAGUUCAAAGAGCACUUCAACCAGGCACAGAUGUUCUACAACUCUCUAUCUCAGAUCGAAAAAAUGCACGUUGCCAAGGCCUUCUCCUUCGAGCUGGACCACUGCGACGACCCCGUCGUCUACAAGCGCAUGACCGAGCGCCUAGCCGCCAUCGACCUCGACCUCGCCAAGACCGUCGCCACGAACGUCGGCGGUGACACGCCCACCCGCGCCACAAAAGAGAACAAGGGCCAAAAGGCCAAGGGUCUCAGUCAACUUGAAUACAUGCCCGAGGGACCGGUUAUCACCACACGCCGUAUCGCCAUCCUCCUCGGCGACGGUUUCGAUUACAACCAGUACACGACGAUGAAGGAGGUUCUCACCAAGCGCGGCGCAUUCGUCUUCACGAUCGGCACACAGCGCCAGGGUGUGACCGCCGAGUCAGGACAGAAGGUUGUCCCCGACCACUUCUUCGUUGGAAUGCGGUCUACCCUCUUCGACGCAGUCUUCGUCCCCGGCGGCAAGCACAUCGAGGUGUUGGCCAAGAACGGUGUCGCCAAGCACUGGAUCGCGGAGUCUUUCGCGCAUCUCAAGGCUAUCGCUGGUGUCAAUGAGGCUGUUCCCUUCAUCGAGCAGCAAAUUGGUCUUUUCGAGGUCGAAGUUGCGAAGAGCGGUGCAGCUCUCAAGGAGUCGUAUGGUGUUGUGACUGGUCACGGGGAUGCAGCCUCGCUGCUGAAGGUUGGCAAUAUUGGACCGGAUUCUAAGGGACUGGCUGAGCAGUUUAUCUGGCACAUCUCGCGACACCGUAACUGGGCUCGUGAGCUGGAUGGACUUUCGGAUCAGAUUGCUGCGUGA